AUGGCAACUUUCAAGGAGCACCUCCAGGAGAGGUCUGCCCAUUCUAUUGGCUACCCAAUCAAUUUCGAAUUUGACUUUGGCCCUGUAAUAGAAUUCCUAAACAUGCGCCUAAAUAAUGCUGGUGACCCUUUUAUGGAGUGCAACUAUGGUAUCCAUUCAAAAAAGUUUGAAAUUGCAGUGUUAGAUUGGUUCGCUCGGUUGUGGGAACUCCCCAAAGACCAAUACUGGGGCUAUGUCACUAGCGGUGGAACGGAAGGGAACAUGCACGGACUUCUUGUUGGGAGAGAACUUUUUCCGGAGGGGAUUAUCUAUACAUCAUGUGAUUCACAUUAUUCUAUUUUCAAGGCUGCUAAAAUGUAUAGAGUCCAGUGCAUCAAAAUUGACACUUUGUUUUCUGGUGAGAUGGAUUAUGCUGAUUUCAGACGAAAACUACUACAGAACACUAGGAGCCCUGCCAUUGUGAAUGUCAAUAUUGGUACUACUAUGAAAGGCGCAGUUGAUGAUCUUGAUGAGGUUGUAAUGAUUCUUGAAAACUGUGGUUUUGCAAACAGAUUUUAUAUCCAUUGUGACAGUGCUCUAGUAGGCCUUAUGAUGCCAUUUAUCAAACAAGCACCAAAACUAACUUUCAAGAAACCAAUAGGGAGCAUCUGUAUUUCUGGCCACAAGUUUAUUGGAUGCCCAAUACCAUGUGGUGUUCUAAUAACCAGGUUGAUGGAUAUCAAUCAUGUAAUGUCCACAAACAUUGAGUACAUCUCUUCAAAUGACACAACCAUAGCAGGAAGCAGGAAUGGCCAUGCUCCCAUCUUUUUGUGGUAUGCACUGAAGCGUAUAGGGUACAAUGGUCUUUGCAAGACGGUUGAAAAUUGCUUAAAAAAUGCCCAGUACCUUGCACUUCGUCUCAGAGAGAUGGGGGUAAGUGUGUUCUUGAAUGCACUAAGUAUCACGGUUGUGUUUGAGAGGCCAAACGACGAAACAUUUGUGCGCAAAUGGCAGCUUGCCUGUCAGGGAAAGAUAGCACAUGUAGUGGUGAUGCCAAAUGUGAGCCUUGAAAGGAUUAAUAUGUUUCUUGAAGAGUUCACCAAGAGCAGAAUCGCAUUGCAUCAAGAUAAAUGUGUUGCUGGAGAUGUGAGCCAAGAGAACUGCCUAUGCAGUCUUCAUCUUGACAGGAAGAAAGAGGCAGUAUAGUAUUAUUCAUUAAGCAACCAAGU